AUGUCUUUGCCUGAUUCCCAAACCAUCCUUGUUACGGGCGCCAACGGCUAUCUAGCCUUACACGUCAUCGAUCAACUCGUAAAGAAUGGCUACAACGUUCGAGGCUCGGUCAGGUCUAAGAAGGCAGACGAGAAAGUACGAUCAACCUUUCCAAAUGAAUACGGCGGGAAGGUGAAGACAUUUUUUGUCAAAGACUUGACAAACCCCGAGGACUUUGCUGGGGCCUUUGAAGACAUCACGGGUGUUAUCCACGCAGCCAGUCCGGCACCCAGCAAUGUGGAGGAUGCCGUCCGCGACAUGCUGGACCCGGCCAUCAAAGGCGCCACCAGUAUUCUUGAAGCCGCCAAACGCUACGCCAGCCCUUCGUUCAAGCGCGUUGUUCACACGUCGUCUUUUUCAGCAAAUCUUGAUAUCGCAAAGGGCCCACGCGCUGGCUACGUUUACAAAGAUUCAGACUGGAACCCUAUAACCCUCGAAGAAGCGGCAAAGCUCAAGGACCCGAUAUCUCUGUACAUCGCGUCAAAGGCACUCUCAGAGAGGGCGGUCUGGGAUUGGGUGGCAAAGCAGAAUUCCUGUUUCGACGUCGUUUCACUGAACCCAUCCAACGUCUUUGGUCCUCAUCUCGAGAGUAUCGGCACUCUAGACGAGGUCAGGUCGACAGCGAGGCUGCUAUGGCAGCUGAUCGACGCAAAGGAGAUCCCAGAACUCGAGUAUGCCGGAUGUGUCGACGUACGUGACACAGCCGCCAUGCUUGUCGCCGCCUUGGAGGCUCCUGCUGCGGGUGGCCGGAGGUUCUUGUUGGCACAUCACUUUGACUGGCAGACUGCGGCUGAUCUGGCGAGGGAGGCCCUUCCGGACGAGAUCAAGAGGCGGAUACCCAUUGGCAAACCUGGAUCUGGCAGAGACGAAGCGGAGGCCAACAUGUACCAAAUUGAUGGUAGCCGCGCGGCUGACGUUCUUGGGGUUGGCUAUCGGCCGCUGUUGGAUACUGUCAGAGACACGCUAGUGCAACUUAUGGAGGCAGAGAAGUAA